GCCGUUUGUCCCGGCGGGAGCAGCGGCCGCGCUGAGGAGCCACCGGCGGGACUGGAAAGACUCGGCUGUUGUUACCACAAGAACUCCUGAAACAUGGUGGAUUAUUAUGAAGUUCUGGGAGUGCAGAAGCAUGCCUCAGCAGAGGAUAUCAAAAAAGCAUACCGUAAAUUGGCACUGAAAUGGCAUCCUGAUAAAAAUCCAGACAAUAAAGAUGAGGCAGAACGGCAAUUCAAGCAAGUAGCUGAGGCCUAUGAAGUCUUGUCAGAUGCUAAAAAGCGUGACAUCUAUGACAGAUAUGGAAAAGAAGGCCUAAUAAAUGGAGGUGGAGGUGGAAAUCAUCAUGAUAAUCCAUUUGAUUUUGGAUUUACAUUCCGCAACCCAGAUGAUGUCUUCAGGGAGUUUUUUGGUGGAAGGGACCCCUUUUCAUUUGACUUCUUCGAAGACCCUUUUGAGGACUUCUUCGGUGGCAGGCGGGGUCCAAGGGGAAGCAGGAACAGAGGUGGUGGUGGAUCAUUUUUCUCUGCCUUUGGUGGAUUCCCUGCUUUUGGAAGUGCUUUCUCUCCAUUUGACACAGGUUUUACUUCGUUUGGCUCCCUGGGACAUGGAGGCCUUACUUCAUCAUUCUCCUCUACGUCAUUUGGUGGCAGUGGAAUGGGAAACUUCAAAUCAGUAUCAACCUCAACUAAAAUAGUUAAUGGCAGAAAAAUUACUACAAAGAGGAUUGUUGAGAAUGGACAAGAGAGAGUAGAAGUUGAAGAAGAUGGCCAGUUAAGGUCGCUAACAAUAAAUGGGGAGGCAGAUGAAGAAGCCUUUGCCGAGGAGUGCAGACGGAGAGGACAACACGCGCUGCCCUCCCAGCCCACCAACCGCCUGCUGAAGCCUCACAAGUCCGGCAACUCGCCCCGCUUUGCCUGCCAUUACAGUAGUGAUGAGGUGGAAGAACAAGACAGAAGCCGGGUUAUGAGCAGCUUCGAGGCCCCUAUUUAUUUAUCAGGAUACAAAGAAGGCAGCAAGAGGAGGAAGCAGAAGCAGAGAGAGGAACUGAAGAAGAAGAAGUCAACCAAAGCGAAUUACUAAAAUGGACUUCUCUGCCAUGCCAAUACCUUUAAAAUAAUGACAACAACUUCAUGUUACCUUCGAGCACACCUCUUUUUUGUGUAUAUUUUUUGAUUGUUCACACUGCUACCAAGGAAGUGACUCAUGUUUAAAACUGUACUAAAAUUGCACUAUGUUAUUCCUUUUAGUUUCACAGAGUGGCUUUCUUGCCCGUUCAGGUUGGGGAAUUCAGACGAGGCAGGUCAUGGUUAGACGUGUGUUAUGUUUGAAGAUUGGAAAGAGUUACAGAAUUUCUUACCUCUUCCUUCCCUGGGACUAAGGCAACUCUAGUCUAGUGUUUGUUAUUUGUCUUGUAGGAUAUAAAAGGCAAAUGCCUGCUUGUUUGGCCACUGGCAUCAAAUCAGGCCCGUUGAAAGAAGAGUCCUGUUCACUCAUGUUGUUGGGAGUGGGAUUGAGACAUGAGCUCUUAUAGGGUAAUUUAUGCAAGAUUAAUAAGUGACUUUUAUGGUUGGGUUUUUGGUUUUGUUUUUUUUUUUUUUUCCCCCAGGCUGGGCAGUUCUGUCCCGAUUAAAAUGUUCCCUCAUAUUAAAUUGUAUAAUGAAGUUAUGUCUUCUGAUUUUAAGAAAUGUAGUAGUGUAAUGAUGGUCUCCUGUAAGCACUCCUACUGAUUUCUUUAGGCUUAGUUGACUCCUGAUGAAUCAUUUAGUGAAAUCAUUCCUUAUUUUAAAAGUUUAUUUUCAGAACCUAGAGACAAAUGAUCCAAGUGCUACUUUAAGACUGCUCUUUGUUUCUCCUGAGUAGGUUUUAGAUAACAAACAUUUUUUCAGCAUCCGUUUUAGAUUUUAUCAACUUGUUUCUGCAAAGAACUUAUACCUUUAUGUAUGAAAGCAUUUUGCAUCAGUUUUAUUGCAGGACUAUUUUUUUUUUUUAGCUUGAAAAGAUGUCUUAGAUUUAAAAGAAAUACAUAUUUCCUGGCAAGAUGACUUCCUUGCUUCCCAUACUUGUCUCAUGUGCAUGACACAUUGCUUCUCUUAACCUUUUAGUGUGUACAGAGCCCCUCUGUUGUUGCCUUAAGCAUUUACCUGCAUGUUUCUUGUCAGUGUGUUGUCUCCUUUUUUUAACCUCCAGGUAGGAGUUAGCAGCUCAUGGUUUUGUUUUGUUUCUUUUGUAUUCCUCUUGCCAAUAUGUUGUUGAUGUAACAGCCUUAAACCUGGCAAUAUUGAAAGUCCACAGUUCCUGGAGAAACUCACUCACCCUAACGUUUCAAAGAUGCAGGAAUGCACAUAAUGGUGUAAGAGAGGAGCUAAACAGAAAAGCCAAGUCUGCAUUCUAGCAUGGUUUGACAUAACAAAUUCUGGUGUCUCUGGUAUCAGAAUGGUUUACCUUCAAUUACCCAACGUAACCCUCUGCAGGCACCAUAUAACACACAAUAACCAUUUGUAAACUCUCUUAGGGUCUGUAAAUUAUGGUUAAAAUCAAAUAAGGACUGAGUACCGGUUUUCUGUCACUUAAGUACCACUUUUUUCCUUUUUUUUUUUUUUUUUUUUUUUUUUGGUGCAGUGUUACUAAUAUUUAAAAAUAAAGAAAAUCUGUCUUUAUACUUUGUCCUCUUGCACUGUACUGUAGACUGGCAUCAGUUGUCUGGUUCAUUUCCACUAAAGUUCAGGCUGUAAGCACAGGGGGGAGAGUCCUCAUUCACACAACGCCCACAAGCAUUCCAGGUAAUUCCUUUUGUUAAAUCCAUCAGCAAAUCAAUACAGUCCCUCUGUCAAAUGGCUGAUACUGGAAAAUGAGGGUUCAUUCUGGCUGGAAACAUCACUAUGAGGAGAGUAUACUUCAAGCAGAGCUUGCACAUUUGCUGUGCAAGGAAUAUUCAUCCUGGAUAAUGCACAAAAAUGAACUGCAUCCUGCUUAGGUUGCUUUCCAUAUUCUAGGAGAAAUGCCCUCCAUACAUUAGGUUAAAGUUGCUACUGCUCAUUAUUUGCUGGGGACAUGGUGCAUGCUUUGGAAAAGCAGCAGAGGUGGAGGAAGGGAGAGGUGACGCCAGCACAGGGCUGGUCUCCCCAGGGCUGUCCCUGUGCUGUGAGCAGCCUCACGUAAUGGGACAGCGUGGCUCCAGAUCAGGAAUGUGCCUUGAAGAGUUAGAGCAGACAGGGAUUUGGUACAUAAAUAUUUUCUUGACUCAAUCCCUGUGUUAGGCUCGAUGGAGGCAGGCAGAGCAUUAAUUAGGAGACCUGCAGGCAGGCUCCAAAUUAGUGAGGAAAAGCCUGUCUCAACAAAGGCAUCCUUACCCCACUGGAAGGGUGCUGCCCUGCUCACAGGUGGCCUCCUACACCCACUGGGAGAAACUCCUGGGAAACUGAGUCCCCAGAGGAGGGAACCACGGACGUCAUCUCUCCCAUAACUACCUAGAAUCUGUCCGAGCUUGCCUGGAAAUUAAGAGAUGUGGGCCCAUGGCCAUUGAGCCUUAUUCCUUCUUUCUGAGCCCAAUUAUUUCUGGAUUUUAGCUGAAGGGGAGCUGCUCAAGUGUAGUGUGGCAGUAGCACAGUGUUCAUGUGGCUGUGCUGCCUCCAGGACAGCCUGGAGCUGGUGCUGUGUCCCAGUGCAUCCUUCUGCCACAGGUGAAGGCUGCCUGAUGACGUGAGUACUUAAAUAUGUGUCAGGGUAGGAAAAAAUGCAGGUGGGUGUGAGACACCGCAACUGAUAACAGAUGAUGCUGGCCCAAGAGUGGCUGUGAAUAAAUGUAUUGGGAAAGUUGGGAAAUGAUUCCUGCCCAUCCCACAGAAGAGCUGAGAACAGAAACAGAGCUAGUUUAAAAAUGGGGCCUGAUGUGAUGUAUAAAAUAUAUUGCAAAAUGAUUCUUUAUGGAGCAGAUACCUGGGCUCCAAGACCUGAAAUACGUCCCAUAAGAAAAUAAAUUUACUAGCGUAGAUAACAGUUGAGUAACAGGAAGGAUAAAUUGAAAGGUAUCCCUUAAAAAGAUAACACUGGAAAAACCCCAGUUUUGAGAUAGAGGGGACACAACUGCAAACAAACACAAGGCUGACAGAUAAAUGUUCCUGCUCUUCACUUGGAAGCUGCCACUAUGAAAAUGGUUUAAAUUCAGUUGUUUUUUCACACCUUUCAGAGAUGUGCACUGUCUAUUCUUUGAACGAAGAUUCAGCAAGACUUUGACCUGAAAUAAAUGAUCUCAGAGUGUGUAGGUGUCAGAAUGAUAAACUGUUUUUCAAGUUUUCAGCUACUCCGUGCUGGUGCCACCUUCAUGAGCAGCUUGCAGACAUGUACAUCCUGCUCCUAGAGACCUAUUUCCCAGUUCUCUUUCUGAAAAGCAGAAAACACCUCAUCCUUCACGUUUUCCCCAGCCUCCUCAUGCUCCUGCACUGGUUGCAUGUGUUCCCUGGCACUCCUCAUCACUGGGCUGGAUCCUUUCAGACACCACUUCCAGGAUGCUGGGACCUGCAGUCUUGGGCACAGCAGUGAAGGAAUAUCUGCAGGGCGAGAGAGCACUGCAUGGCACAGCUCCUGCAAAAUGAUGGCAUGAAAGGAUCCCUCACUACUCCAGAUCUGGAUCCUGAGACAGACAUCAUUUGUGCAACACGUGUCAAAGCUCUGUGACAGAGGGCCCAACAUUUCAAGAAGUGAAAAGAAAUCCAUGAAGGUUAAGAAAUAAUUACAAAUCAUCUAUUAGAAUUACAAAUAUUUUUACCCUGUGCUGUUGCUUAGUGGAUUGAAAAUUGAGCCCACUUGGACAAAUUAAAUGAAAUGUGGGAAGAAGACUGUUGGGAAGUGAUCACCUGGUCCCUGUGUCCUGGAAUUCUGCAAAGUUCCUGACAUCACACAGAUUCCUGUGUUCAGAGGAGCAGACAGCAUAAGAGGGCAGGACCCUGUCAUCACUUUCGUUGCUUCUACCCCCUAAAUGUCCCCAGCUGUUUCCCAGCAUUGCUGGAAAAUUUGUCCUGAGCAACCAUUUCAGGCAAACACCCAGCUCACCUCGCUUCUGAGGUAGAAAAGGAACAAAGACAGGUGUCAGAAAUGAAGAAUCGUGUAGUUGACGUUGAUAGUGGAGUGAUCUGCUCUGAAGAAAGGAAUUGUGGAGCAUUAUUCUGUGGCAAAUAUGACAGACAGAGCCAAACCCAGGAAGAUCCUAGACCCUUGGAGGCCCAGACCAAGUCUACCAUGACAGAGUCUCCAAUCUUCCUUCCUAUGACCUUCAAUCAUCUGUUGGAAAGACACGUCACUCGGAUGAAAUGGAGGGAAUUUAUUCAGAAAUUUCACUAACCGAGAUGAAGCAACCUCUGUGCUGCAUUUGUCCAUCUCUCCUUGAAGACCAAAGAUGAGGCAGUACCAAACAAAACUUCAACGACUUGGGCUACAGCAGAGUUUUCACAUGAACGCACCAAUCAAUUCCUGAUGGUCGUAUCCUGAGGACCGGCUCCUUCUAUAUGAUAUCAAGCCUGGUUUGCUCACACUUCCUAAUUUACUUGUGAAAGUCCUGAUAUAAGGAUCUUGGGGGAGCCACACAAAAAGCCUGGAAGUUGCAGAAAUAAAUAAAUACUUGAAAAACAAGGAAAUACAGAAGCACUGAGAUUAUACAAAGGGAGGAAAGGUAUUGAUCUCUAAAUGCGAAAUGAGUAUGUCAUAAACCCAGGCAACAUCUCUGUGUGAGGCAACACUAAACAUCAACCUAGUGAAGAUAUUUCUCUUGGUUUAGCAUUGUGGCAUCACAGGCUGAGGAGCCCCCUUUCAACCCAAAAAUCUUUAAAGGAAAAAAAAACAAAACACUAGUUCCUCAGACCCGUAUCAUCUUAGAGGAAGCGCCAUACUUUGUGCUUUACCUGCGGAAAUCCAGGAGGGAUCUGGUGGAAGCAGGAGCCCUCUGAUCGUUCCAGCUGAGGAAGUGGAACUGGGUCACUGUGCGGGUCUCGUUGGUCUGCAGGUUCUUCAGGUAGAAGCUCCUCACGAGGAAAUCCUCGCACCAGAUGUGCUCAGAGACAAGAUUUACCUACACGCCCAGGAAGGAACAAACGGAGAUCAGCAAUUCUGGUUGCAAGUCACGUCUCCAGGAUUGCACGUUAUUUCACUCGUUAUUUACUAUAAUUGGUGGAAACCACCUUGCUGUUAAAGCUGCGCUUCAAAUUCUUUGCAAACGCAGAGCUACCCGAAGGCACACCAAGUGUAUUUCAGAGUCCGCAGCUCGACCUCUGGGUGAGAGCAUCUCCAGCAUCCUUCUGCCCUGGAUGGAAUCAGCACUUACUGUCACGUUUGCAACCAGAAAUUUUGUGCAGGUACCUCGUAGAUGUGGUAGAGGUUUGACCCUUCGUCCGGCCAAUAGUGGUAGCACUGCUUGACUCCGUUUUCCACGAGGGGUGUCAGCAUGACAAUAACGACACAGCCGUUCUCCCAGACCAUCUGCAGACAAAGAAAGACACCGUGGCCACAUUGUGACUGCCUAAUUACUGCGUGACAUGUAUAAUUACUGCACUCAGACACACAAUCAAAAUUUAUUCCAUUCACAGGAAAUUUAUUUCAUUUUCAUUAGACACUUUUACUCUGCAGCUGCUUUCAAAUCCCUGAAUAAACUGGCACCAUAUUUUGCAGGCGUCCAUGAAAUAUUAAAGAAUUUCCUGCGAUUUCAAUUCAGGUCAUCUCCAAAAUCUCUCCUUGCUCCCGGUACCAUGUUCAACUGCUUUUCUGGCAAACUUUUAGAUCCCCUGAAGAACACUGAAUGGUGCUUGCAGAACCCCCAUCUAUUUAAGAUUUGAUAUUUAACACUGAAACAGCACAGACCUACUGAAGUCACAUGUACUGAAACCUGUUUGUGCUCUCAACCCCAUGUCUUUUUUCAGUUUGCCAAGAAGCAAAAGCCAUUAAAGCACUGCAUUGCUGAAACAAUCAUAAAAGUUGCAUCUGAACAACAGUAAUGAAGAAAAGGCAUGGAAAAUUCAAAGCAAUUCUGUUUUUCCAGGAACAUUUUGGAUGGAGAAGUCCUCCAAAUGCACAUUUAUAAAAGAUUCGUCGCAAAUGUGCAUUACUUUCUUUUUCCUUCUUUCUUUCCUGCCAGCUUUCCUUUGUCUUCUUUCUUCCUUUUUCCUUUUUUUAAAAUUUUCUUUUGUUUUCCUUUCUCUUUUCCUAUUUUCUAUUUUAUUUUUCUAUCAAUUUUUUUCCUCCCCUUCUUUCUCUUUUCUCGUUCUGUUUUUCCAUUUUUCUUUUAUUUUCGUGGAGCUAGAAUGAAAGUCCAACCUGGGCUGCAGACAGUGCACUCACAGAGCACAGGUACAGCAACAGAGGAAAACAGAGUAUCUUCCUGUCAGCAUGAUCACUUAAUAAUUUAGACCAGCCACAGAGUAGGAUACAAGAAUCAAGCACAUCCUCAACUAAAGGAUUUGUGGAUGUCUCUCACAAACAGCAAACAAGCAGAGAUGCUCUGGUCUGGCAUAUCUCUGUUCCAAACACAGCCCAUGACUGAACAAAAAGGCUCCUAUGAAUUAAUACCAAGCAGUAUAAUCACUAAAAACUGUUAUUAUUAUGCUGUACAUUGAUGUUAUAUUUGCAUACAACUUUCAUUGUCUUUUUGCUAGCAUAUAAAAUUACUAAAUGAAGAGUAAACUGCUCUUUUUGUGAAGGGUUAUGUUUAUUUCACAGAAAUAUUUAUAAGCAACUGUAUUGACAUGUAAAUUUUGUCAACAAAAAAGGCCUUUGUCUAAACUGUGCAAAGAUGAGAUGAUACAUUCAAUUCAAGGAUUAUUUUUUAAAAUUACAUAUCAAAUAAAAAGGUUUCCCAU